AUGAAAUUUGCAGAGCAUUUGCGUGAGUCUGCAGUACCAGAAUGGAUUGAUAAGUACAUCGACUACAAGAUCGGUAAGAAAAAACUCAAAGCUUGUCGUGGAACUAUCGCAGCCAGCCAAGCACUCUCCAACAAUAUCCCGGGAAAUACGUGUUCUGUUGAACUGCCUCCCCAUGCAGACGAAAGUGCUCGAUACCGAACCCAAAACUCCUACAACUCUGUGCAGAAACGCUUUGUGAUCGAGUUCGUAGAGAAAUGGGUCAUUGACCAAGAACUUGAGAAAUGCAACGACUUCUACUUGUGGGAACUAGACCGUUGUGGGAAACGAUUCAGUGUUCUCCAGGAACAAAUCAACCGCUACGAGCUGCACAAAGAGCAACUCGAGUUUGAACGUAGCGGCCGUAAUUUGGCGGCUCUGAAGUCCUAUGGUUCCGUUAACGAGGGGAGCCCCAGUCCAUUGCCUCCAAAACUGCAGAAACACUCUUGGGGUUCCUCAUUAUUCGCCUUCUUGCGAGACAAUGAGCUUGUGCCCUCGUUUCCAAACUUUAUGCCCUUCAAGCGUCUUAUGGGGAGAAGCUCCGAGCGUGAUUAUGGAUCCUCUAUUGGUCACGGUGAGACUUUCACUCCAAUAACUUUGAGCGCAGGUCAGAUUCAGCAACGGCUAUCGGACGCUCUCAUCGAGGAAUAUCUUUUGAUUCAGCUCAUCAAAAACUACAGAGAGGUUAACGUCACAGGAUUUCGAAAGAUUGUAAAGAAAUUCGACAAAACCUGCGGCACCAAAGAGCUGCCUCAUUUCAUGGAAUAUGCUAAAAGCGCCUUCCCUUUAUUUCAAGAUGCUGACGCGAACGCCAAAGUUAUCGCUCAGACCUUGCGAGAUUCUGUCAUGUUGCGUCAACCCGCCAAAAUCACCACCGACAUAGAACUCGCUGACCCACUCAUGGCGUGGGAACAAAAAAUCACCACUUGGUAUACCGAUACUCUGGCACUGUCGUCCAAAGAUCGCAAGCAGAAAUCAGCAAGACUGAAAAACAUCUCCCUAGAAUACUCUCUGAGUGAAAGAAAAGUUCAUCGUUUCAACAGAUCGAUUCUUCAAAUGUUCGUGGGAGGUUUACUCUGUGGAGCUUCUCUGGCACUAAUAGGUUACACUCUAUUUGUGGGAUUCACUGCCUCUUCAUUAUCCAGCAUUCACAAGCUGCUGCUGCCUUUGUGGGGAGGCUGGUACAUGACCUUUUUAAUGGCAUUCUUGUUUCUGCUGGACUGCUAUGUGUGGCAUAAAAACAACAUCAAUUACAGAUUUAUCAUGUUUGGCGAAAUGCAGUCUCGCCAUGGAGCUGUGCUCUACAAUAACGAUUUUUCGACAACCAAGAUUCCCCUUCUGUUUUAUUUCACUAGUAUCCUAGUAUUUCCCAUGGCCGUCAUGAGUACACUCAGUUUCCAUGCCGAAGGUCUGAGUCCCUACUCUAUCAUAUGGAUUGUGAUGGCGGCAAUUCUGUUCCUGAUGCCCUUACUGGGCAAACAGCCUUUAGGAAACAUUCCGUAUUGGAAUAAACUGAAAACUUCGGUGAAAUGGCUUUUGGUGACAUUUGUCAGGUUAGUGUUCUCUGGGUUUUAUCCGGUUCAGUUCGGAGAUUUCUUUCUCGGAGAUAUUUUCGCUUCAUUGACAUAUUCUAUGGGGGAUAUUGCGUUGUUCUUUUGCGUUUACUCUAAAACGCCAAACGGCAUGUGCGGUUCUUCUCAUUCGAAAUCAAUGGGCGCCAUGAGCUGUCUCCCUAACUUCUGGAGAUUUUUACAAUGUCUAAGGCGUUUUUCAGACUCAGGCGACUGGUUUCCACAUCUGCUCAAUGCGCUCAAGUAUGUGAUAGGUGUGUGCUAUUAUGCAUCACUGUGCGCUUAUCGACUAUCCUACACAACUACGAGAAAGAAUAUCUUCAUUAUUUUCGCGACGCUGAACGCAACUCUAACCGCUGCGUGGGAUCUCAUUAUGGAUUGGUCACUUCUGCAAACGAAAUCACGCAACUGGCUCCUAAGAGACGAUCUCUACCUGGCUGGCCGGAAGAAUUGGAAGACAGGUGCCUACUCGAAAAGACGGAUGCUAGUUUAUUAUGCGGCUAUGAUAUGGGACGUGUUGAUGAGAUUUCAAUGGAUAGUGUACGUUGUGGCUCCCAGUACAAUACAUCAAAGUGCAAUUACUACUUUCAUCCUUGCAGCUCUUGAGGUUUCUCGUCGUUUUGUGUGGGUAGUGUUCAGAGUGGAGAACGAACAUGUUGCGAAUGUACAUCUAUUCAAGGUCUCAGGUGAAGUUUCUCUUCCUUUCCCAAGCACAGUUUCGGAAGAAUCGGAGACAGAAGAAUCCGUCACUAGUGCCCGGUAUGCCUUGCCCGAACUCGGUGGUCCUGAGGCACCGCAUGCGGCCUACAGAGGGAAUGUUUUACCAAGAUCGAAUUCGAGUGGGCUGUUCAAAACUUUUAGUAAAUCAAUUCCAUGGGCUCACGCCAAGGACUUUCAAAGGCCGCAGGGUCACACGAGUGAUGACAAGCCCCAGGAAAGUGAUGCAAGUGAAAGUGAAGUUGAUAGUACAUUUUAA